AUGCCGUCGCUGCUGGCCUACGUGCAAGCCUGGCAGAAGCCCAUCACACUGAUCGGUCUAUCUCUCUUCUAUCUCUGGGUGACCCUUCUACUUUUCCCCAUCACACCUUCGAUCUGGUUCUCGUUCUCCAGGUUUCGGGACAAAUGGUUCGGCAGGUUCUGGAAGCAUAUAGGCCCUCAAAUGGCGGCUGAGCCCGUUCAGGAUCCCUACAUUCACGAGCUACUCCAGCGUGCUCGUGGAGUCGUCUUGGAGCUUGGACCUGGUACUGGCGACCAGUCACGACACUACAACCCCGCUCAGAUUGAGCUUUUGUACGGCGCCGAACCGAACAAAGAUCUCCAUGAGCAACUGCUCGCGAAAUCUGCCGCUGCGGGAAUUGGUCGGCCCAAGUACCGCAUACUGAAUGCCGGUGCUGAACCUGGGUCGCUUAUCAAAGCACUCAAAGACGCUGGACUCAUCAAUGCGGACGCAAAAAGCCUUCCCAAAGAUGGCAUUUUCGACACAAUCGUGGCCGUCAAAAGCAUGUGCUCCAUGCACCCCACCGAGAUGACGGCAACAGUCGCUAUAAUCCACGCACUCCUCAAGCACGGUGGCGAGUUCCUCUUCUUCGAGCACGUGCACAGCGACGCCGACCCCGUGUCCGCGACAUUAGUCAAGCUGACCAACCUGAUCUGGCCUUACCUGAUGGGCAAUUGCCACCUCGACAGCAAGCUUGAUAAGAUCAUUCAAGGAACCGAAGGGUGGGCACCCAAGGAUAUCCGUACGAUCAGAGAAUACCAGAAUCAUCAUGCAUUCCGCUACGUGUAUGGACGAUGCAGGAGGGAGACCUAG